AGAUGGGUGCAAACACCAUGUGAUCAAAUGUAAGAGCUGGAACGCUCAUACACUGCAGAUCAGUGGACAAACAUUGAGGAAAUGAGCACAGCAUUUAUCUGGUAACAGAGAGUGAAACUUACAGACAUUCACUGUCGUCUAGAGGAGAAAUGGCGCAGCAAGUGAUUCUGGAUCGAGACAAACUGAGCUGUUCAAUCUGUCUGGAUCUUCUAAAGGAUCCGGUGACUAUUCCCUGUGGGCACAGCUACUGCAUGAGCUGUAUUAAAGACUACUGGGGUGAGGAGCAUGAGACGAAGACACACAGCUGCCCUCAGUGCAGGCAGAGCUUCACACCGAGGCCUGUCCUGGUGAAAAAUACCAUGAUGGCACAGUUAGUGGAGGAACUGAAGAAAGCAGGACCUCAAGCUGCUUCACCUGAUCAUUCCUCUGCUGGACCUGGAGACGUGACCUGUGAUUUCUGCUCUGGGAUGACGGUGAAAGCCCUCAAGUCCUGUCUGGUGUGUAUGGCCUCUUACUGUGAGCAGCACCUCCAGCCUCACUACAAUGUAGCUCCAUUAAAGAAACACAAGCUGGUUGAGGCCACUUUAAAGCUCCAGGAGAACAUCUGCUCUCAGCAUGACGAGGUGAUGAAGAUUUUCUGCCGCACUGAUCAGAAGUGCAUCUGCUAUCUCUGCUCCAUGGAUGAUCAUAAAGGUCAUGACACAGUCUCCGCUGCAGCAGAGAGGGCUGAAAAGCAGACGGAGCUCGGGGCGAGUCGGCAAGAAGUCCAACAGAGAGUCCAGGACAGAGAGAAAGACGUGAAGAUGCUUCAGCAGAGGGUGGAGGCUAUCAAUCUUUCUGCUGAUGAAGCUGUGAGAGACAGUGAGAAGAUCUUCACUGAGCUGAUCCGUCUCAUUGAGAAAAGAAGCUCCGAAGUGAAGCAGCAGAUCAGAUCCCAGCAGACAACUCAAGUGAGUCGAGCUAAAGAGCUUGAGGAGAAGCUGCAGCAGGAGAUCACUGAGCUGCGGAGGAAAGACACUGAGCUGGAGACGCUCUCACACACAGAGGAUCACCUCCAUUUCCUAAACAACUACCCCUCGCUGUCACGUCUGAGCGAAUCUAAAGACGUUCCCAGCAUUGAUAUCUGUCUUCUGUACUCCUUUGAGGAUGUGACAGCGGCGGUGUCAGAGGUCAGAGAUAAACUGCAGGCUGUUCUGAGUGAGGAGUGGGGAAAGAUCUCUCUGGCAGUGACUGAAGUGGAUGUUUUACAACCAGAGCCCAGAACCAGAGCUGAGUUUAUGAAAUAUUCUUCUCAAAUCACACUGGAUCCAAAUACAGCAUACAAACGUUUGUCAUUGAGUGACAGGGACAGAAAAGCAACAUUAAUGAAAGAAAACCAGUUAUAUUUGGAUCACCAAGACAGAUUUGGUGAAAGGUUGCAGGUCCUGAGUAGAGAGGGUCUGACUGGACGCUGUUACUGGGAGGUGAAAUGGAGCGGGAAGGUUCGUAUAGCAGUUGCAUACAAGGAUAUUAGAAGAACAGGCAGCGUGAAUGAAUGUGGAUUUGGAUGUAAUGACAAAUCUUGGUCAUUAGAAUGUGACAGUAGUAGUUAUACAUUCAGACACAACAAUAUUUCUACUUCCGUCUCAGGCCCUCAGUCCUCCAGAAUAGGAGUUUACCUGGAUCACAGGGCAGGUACUCUGUCUUACUACAGCGUCUCUGAAACCAUGACUCUCCUCCACAGAGUCCAGACCACGUUCACUCAGCCUCUCUAUCCUGGAUUUUGGCUUCCAAAUAGUGAUGUUGGAGGCACUGCUGAGCUGUGUGAGCUCAAGUAGACAAGAGUUUAAUGAGUGAUUCAUCUCUGUACAGUAAAUGUUGAGGUGUGUCUGCACUGCAGAGAUCAAACAUAGUGGGUGGGACUUUUUUCUUCUAUUUUAAUUCAAUGAAAUGAUGAAAACUUUUUUUUAUUUGCUACAUAGAGAUUGUUUUUUGAAAUAUGAUUCUUAUGUUAUUUUUACUAAACAUUUUCCUUAUACUGUAUGCUGUGCAAAAUGAAUGUAAUAUAGAUUUUAAAAAAGAGUCAUGUUUACUUGUUAGUACUCUACAUACUGCUGUCUGUACUGAUAUUGUAAAAUCACAUCACCUUUUUUUUGUAAAUGUACCCAAAAAGUACAGGAAAAACUGGUCUAAUUUUUAACGUAUCCUUCUGAAAAAUAGCUAAUCAUCUUUUUAAGAGUGAAUUCAAGUGUCUUUACAUGGUUAAAAAAAUAUAUAAAAAGUUAAUGUUAAAAAUCCUACAAAUAAAUAGCCUAAAUAAAUAAAUUGUUGACUUUGCAUAUGCAAAAUGUCUGACUAAAAAUCUGUUUUUGUCCUACUUAAAAUUGAAUUUGGUUAUUAUAUGAUGGGCUUAAUUAUGUAAAAACUACAAAAUGAAUUAAACAGUCAUGUAUGUAAAGAUGUGUAAAUGUAUUUGGGUUUGGAUUUUUGAGCAUCUGCCAAAUGAAUGUAAUAUAAUUUCUUUUAAAAAUAUUUUUAGUUGUACUAAAUCUUCAUAUCUUCAUAAUUUGUAUAAUGUAAUGUUUACUUUCUGCAUACUGUGUUGCUGUUAAAAUAGCAACUUUUAUUUUAAUGUACCCAGAAAAUUACGAGUACCAGAAAACUGGGAUCAUUUUAAAUGUAACCUUUUGAAAAAUAGUUUAGUAAUCUUUUUUUUUAAGAAAGAAUUCAAAUGUACUUUCAUGAUAACAAUUAUUUGGAUACAUUAAUGAAAAUCAAUGUUGUAAAUCCUACAAAUAAAUAAAUAAAUUGUUGACUAAUCAAUAUUCUAUAUUCUUCAUUUCACUGUCCGAGUAUCAAAAGAAAAAUCUGUCCUUUUCCUACUUCAUUUCUUUCUAAUCAAUCAAUUUUCAAGAUAUUUUGGUAACAGACAAACACACAGGGAGAUUAAUGAAGGCAAUAAAAUAACUUCCACUUUCUGGUGGAUUUCACCAGAAACAACACAAUUUUGGAAUGAUUUUAAAUUUGUAAAAUGUUGGGGUCUUUUUUUUGCAAAUGAAAAUCAUGUUCAAGACAAUAUUUCAGCAGAAUGUUUUACUCUCAGAUUUAUUACACAACCUUUGAACAUUCCACAACAAUCAUGCAGGAAUAAAAUGGGAAUUAUAGAAAGCUUUACAGGCUUCGCCAAUCACACUUUAGGAAUAACUGGGCUGCACGUCGUCUCAAAAACACUCAAAAUGUGAGGUAAUAUCUUUUUUAAAUCAUCAUCUACCGACAACAGACCAUGUGUUGAUUUAAUGCUGAUGAUGGUGAGAGAAGAAAAUCACU